AUGCAGGGGUUGAACUGCACGCGUCACGCCCGGUUCACCCGCACCUCGCCCUUGUCGUCCACCCACGAGACGCGGAACUGGACGACACGCUCGGGCUCCACCAGGCGCUCCAGCAGCGCGUCCUCGCAGUACUCCGGAUGCCGCUUCAGGAAGGGCCAGAGCGACGUCAUGACCUCGCGGACCGCCUGCAGGAACUCGGGCUGGUGCGCAUCGCGCCGCUUCACGCUGGCGGUGAUGAAGUCGUCCACGGAGGCGCACCUCAGUGGUGGCGUGCUUGGUUGCUGUUGUUGCUGGUUGUGCUCUUAUUUUCGCCUUAGCCCUAUUCGCAGUGCAGGGAAAGUCAAGGCAAAUAAAAAGAAGAAAAAAGACGCACAGAAGCAAGUAGAAUUGCCGCAAGGAGGGAAUGGAGAGCCACAGUGCACUCUCCCCCUCUCGAUGCGCCUCUUCUCCUCACAGCCACGGAAUGACGCAGCAGCAGCAGCCACCAGAUGCAACUGUCAGCACCGACUACGAAAGGACCAUCCAGAUACUUGGCGAGAGAUAAUUUUGUGUCGUGUAGUUUUUUGUGCCUAA